UGAAACCAACACAACCAACAUCAAUAUUCAAAACAAUCACCAAACAAACAUUCUUUUUUCUCACUGAAACAAUGGCUCCUGAUAUUGUAACUGCUGCAACCACCGUCACCGACUCUCAAACUAAGACUGCAAAACGUGCUUUUGUCACGUUUCUUGCCGGAAACGGCGACUAUGUGAAAGGUGUUGUUGGUUUAGCAAAAGGUCUCCGUAAGGUGAAAACCAUGUACCCUCUUGUGGUUGCAGUGUUGCCUGAUGUUCCGGUGGAACACCGGAAUAUUCUCAUCUCACAAGGUUGCAUUGUUAGAGAGAUCGAACCUGUUUACCCACCUGAGAACGAAACUCAGUUUGCUAUGGCUUAUUAUGUUAUCAACUACUCCAAACUUCGUAUUUGGGCUUUUGAGGAAUAUGAGAAGAUGAUUUACCUUGACGGUGAUAUACAAGUUUUCGAAAACAUUGACCAUUUAUUUGACUUGCCAAAUAACUAUUUCUAUGCUGUCAUGGAUUGUUUUUGUGAGGCCACAUGGGGUCACUCCAAGCAAUAUGAAAUCGGAUACUGUCAACAAUGUCCCGACAAGGUUGAAUGGCCUAGUAGUGUUGGUCCCAAACCACCUCUUUACUUCAAUGCUGGCAUGUUUGUUUAUGAACCUAAUAUGGAUACUUAUCAUGAUCUUCUUCAAAAACUUCAAGUGAAUAAACCAACUUCCUUUGCUGAACAGGAUUUUUUGAAUAUGUAUUUCAAUGACAAGUAUAAGCCAAUUCCUAAUGUUUAUAAUCUUGUGCUGGCUAUGUUGUGGCGUCAUCCUGAGAAUGUUGAGCUUGAAAAAGUUAAAGUUGUUCAUUAUUGUGCAGCUGGUUCUAAGCCUUGGAGGUACACUGGUGUGGAGGAGAAUAUGCAGAGAGAAGAUAUAAAGAUGCUGGUGAAGAAGUGGUGGGAGGUGUAUGAAGAUGAAAGUUUGGAUUACAAGGAAGCGAUUAAUACGAAUCGCUUAACAUCAGCAAUUUUGGAAGCUGGUGGUUUCAACUUUGUCCGCGCGCCAAACGCUGCUUAAUUAGUGUGCUUUACUUAUGAACUGCAAGAUCUUCUGGGAUAGUUUUUUUGCUAGGGGAUCAAACAUAAUUUAAGUUUUUUUAAAGAAUAAUUUCAAGGGCUUAAAUUUUUAUUAGGAGUCCUUGUUAGUUUUUGUUUUCAUUUUUAAGUUUUAUUAAUUAUAGUUUUUACUAAUUUGGAGGACCUUAAUUAAUUUUAUAGUCCUUACUAGUUUCUGUUUUUCUUGUAUGGUAUGCCAUUUCAGAGCUGUAAUUAAUUAUCAUUACUAUUAUGAAUGGAUAUUUUUGUUUUAGAA